AUGAGUAUUCCAUACAACUACAACGGCGGGAAGCCUUUGAAUAAUAUGGAUAACUCUUUCGAGAACCAGGAUAAAAACAGGCGGAUCCCCUUGGUCUACGGCUCGAGAAACGGUUCUCCUACUCCCCAGAACUACUCAAUGGGCACGCCAUCACCUCCGCUCACUACCUUAUCGAACCGCAUGAUGGGCAAUACUAUGGCCCCAUCACCACUCACACUUCCGCCUCAGCAAGGCUUGAGGAAUAACCAGGGCCAGGUGCUUGGGAAUGCCCAGGACCAGGUGCCGCAUGACCAGAGGGGUCACCAUCAACAACAUCAACAACAACAACAACAAGCGCACCACCAGGGACAUCCCCAAGAGCAGAUGCGUAUGAACCAUCAGCAUGCUCAACAGAAGGUUUCGUCUCAGAGAUACCAGGGACAGGUUCAUGCCCAGCAGCUGAGAAGAAGACUGAAGGACCAGAGUCCCAUGCUCACUCAGGCUGAUUUCACACAGCAUCCUCAUCAACAACACCAACAUCCCCAACAUCAGAACCAUAAUACGCAAAUCCCACACUAUGCAAACCCUCAGGUGCUCAGCAAGCAAGGCAGGCAGCAGGUUUUGCAAGCACAUCCACCUUUUGAGUAUGGCCAGUUCCAUCAGAUGCAAGCUCUAGGCCAGCAGAUGGACCCUCAGCAGGAGUUCAACCAAUUCCAACAACAACAACAGCAGCAGCAGCAACAACAGCAACAUCAUCAACAACAGCAACACCAGCAACAUAUACAUCAGCAACAUGCUCAAAAUCAGAACCAUCAGAUGCAGAAGCAGCAGGACAGAAGAACUUCCCUACAACAAGCGCAGCAGCUUCAAAAUCCAAUGGGUCCAGAUGUGAAGGUAGGCGAGGAUGCUGGCCUGCCGCAGGAUUCCGAUGGCACUGACGGUCUGGAUAAACAUAAGAUCACAAUUGUGACCAAGUUUGUUCCUGCUACCGACGAUGAUGGUUCAAAGAAGAAAAGAGGCAGACCAAAGAAGUAUAUCUUGGAUCCUUCGACCAACGAAUUUAUUGACUCUUCUCACGAGAAUUUCAAGCGUCUUAAUAAGUUACUCAAAAGCAGUACGAAGACGACGCUGGAGAAGAUUGGUGAUUCAGAGAAGCACGUUGGCAUUGUGAAGGGCACCUCCCUCAAAUCUCUCAACGAUGUGGCCGUGCAACAGCUCUUGGAGAAGAAAGACAAGAGAGGUCGUCCAAGAAAGUUCCCAAUUGAAAAGACUGGACUCACCAUUCGUGGUGUGCGUGUGAGUGGAAGUGGUCGUGGACCAAUAGCUGAGAAGACGCUGCUGCCCACUGUGGUUGAAAACGAUAAGGUGAGCAAGAAGAAGCGUGGAAGACCAAAGCGUGAAGGUACUGACAAUACUAGUGUACAAUAG